GAAACAGCGUGGUGAUUGGCUGGAGCGGUGGUCCUCCGCCAAUCAGCGCGCCCCUCCUCUCUAACUGUCAGCCUCGCUCGGGAAAGAUCUGGUGGGGGCGCGUGAAGGGGCUUCCUCCGGGUGGCGACGAGCGCGUGCCCGCCUUGGCCCAGCAUGGAGGGAGCGGCGGCGGCCACGGCGAAGAGGACGGGCGCGGGGACCGGGGAGAACGGCGGCGGAGAGACCCGCCCCCGAGAGAGAAAAGUUUACAUGGAUUACAAUGCAACUACUCCUCUGGAGCCAGAGGUCAUCCAGGCCGUGACGGAGGCCAUGCAGGAAGCCUGGGGGAAUCCCAGCAGCUCGUACCUGGCAGGCAAAAAGGCCAAGGAUAUGAUAAAUGUAGCCCGAGAAAACUUGGCAAAGAUGGUCGGCGGAAAGCCCCAGGAUAUAAUCUUUACUUCAGGGGGAACAGAGGCAAACAACUUGGUAAUCCAUUCCACCAUGAAACUAUUUCAAGAAAGCCAUCAGUCUGAAGGAGACUGGCCGGCCAAGCAGCAGCCCAGCCUGGUCAGUGGGACCAAGCCGCACUUUAUCACGUGUACCGUGGAGCAUGAUUCAAUCCGUUUGCCCCUGGAACACCUUGUGAGAGAGGGUGUGGCAGAAGUCACCUUUGUCCCCGUGUCUAAGCUGAACGGUCAGGCAGAAGCUGACGAUGUCCUUGCAGCUGUCCGACCCACCACCUGUCUUGUGACCAUCAUGCUGGCUAAUAAUGAGACUGGUGUUAUCAUGCCCGUCUCUGCCAUCAGUCGCCGCAUCAAAGCCCUGAACCGGAAACGGGCGGCCUCCGGGUUGCGGAGCAUUCUUGUGCACACGGACGCAGCCCAGGCUUUGGGGAAGAGGCGAGUGGAUGUGCAGGAGCUGGGGGUGGAUUAUUUAACCAUUGUUGGCCACAAGUUCUACGGCCCCCGGAUCGGAGCCCUGUACGUGCGCGGCCUGGGCGUGGGCACCCCGCUGCGCCCCAUGCUGUUUGGAGGGGGCCAAGAGUGGAACUUCCGACCAGGGACUGAGAAUACUCCCAUGAUUGCUGGGCUUGGAAAGGCGGCAGAGCUGGUGAAUGAGAACUGUGACAUUUAUGAGGCCCACAUGAAAAAAAUCCGAGACUACCUGGAGGAGAGGCUACAAGCUGUGUUUGAAAAGAAGAGAAUCCACCUGAACAGUCUGUUCCCAGGCUCUGAUCGUCUCCCCAAUACCUGUAACUUUUCCAUCAGUGGUCCGCACCUGCAAGGUCGCAUGGUGUUGGCUCACUGCAGGAUGCUCCUGGCCAGUGUGGGGGCUGCUUGUCACUCAGACCAGGGUGAUCUACCGUCUCCCAUCUUACUGAGUUGUGGCAUUCCCCCUGACGUGGCUCGAAAUGCUCUCCGGCUCAGUGUUGGCCGGAGCACCACCAAGGAAGAGGUGGACCUUGCAGUGGAGGACCUGAGGCAGGCAGUCACUCGGCUUGAAACGAGCUCAGCCUCAUAGAAUAUGGAGCAGCCAUCCCCUGGGGGAGGCCGUGGAGAAGGGGCUCCAGCUUUCCUUUGGAUAAGGAUGGGGGUCCAACUGCAGUGAAGAAAAGCUUGCCAUGAUUCAUAGGAAACCGCGGUGGCCAAUCUUGGUCGAUUCAAUAUGGAAGACUUUAGAAAGUCCUUUAUUUAACAUGGAGGAAAAAAUAGAGGAUAACAGUAUCUAUGAAUGUAUAUUUUAGAAUGUAUAUUUUUAUUUUUGCAUCACUGACGUAAUGAUGGUGUGGUAAUUGAGACCACUCUUUGAGGUUGUCCAAGAAAGAUUUGUGUUGUGUGGCUGCCUUUUCUUAUAGGAAAGAAGGCAUGGGAUCCGAACGUGUGCAUCUCAUCACAGAUAUAGCAGCCCCUCUCUGGGUACUCAGACAGAAAGGCCUGGGAGACUUUUCUAAUGAGGAAGGUAUAACUGAUACAGCCAGAUAAGGAAGUCCCACCAGGAGCACUUAGGUGGGAAUGGAUGUGAAUGAAGAGGAAGGCCAGCUUCAAAGGUCCCUCACAGGCCGUCCUGUUUGGAACAGGGGAGGCAGCCAUUUAUUAGAAAGAGAAAAUCAGGGGCAGCUAGGUGGUGCAGUGGAUAGAGCACCAGCCCUGAAGUCGGGAGGACCU